AUGAUUGUGCUCCUGCUGACUGCGCUGAUGGUCCCCCGUGUUGGGGCCCAUGCUCUGGACACCCCACACUUUCCCCAGGCGUUGCCACCAGGACUCUCAAAACAUAUCAAUACCACAUUCAUCAAUGGAAUGUUUAAAAAUGAGGAAAGUGUGGCUGAAAUGUUUGACUGUCUGGGCCCCCGCUUCACCUGGCUACAGGCCGUCUUCACCAACUUCCCUCUGCUGCUCCAAUUUGUGCAUGGAAUGAAGUGCGUCGCUGAUCUCUGUCCUCGGGACUUUGAAGACUAUGGCUGCGCCUGCAGGUUUGAGAUGGAUGGACUCCCCAUGGAUGAGACGGACAGCUGCUGCUUCCAGCACCGCAGGUGCUACGAGGAAGCCUCCGAGCAGGACUGCCUCCAGGACCCCUCCAGGCUCAGCGCAAAAGUCGACUGCAUCAGCAAGAAGGUCACAUGUGAGUCUGCAGACCCUUGCAGUCACCUGCUGUGCACCUGUGACAAGGCUGCCCUUGAGUGCCUGGCUCAGUCUGGCAUCAACUCCUCCCUGAACCUUGUGGACACCUCCUCGUGCCUGGCUCAGACUCCAGAGACGAGCAGCAGGAAAGACACCACGGCUCUGCUGCCUGGAGUGGCUCCUGCAGAACCCACMGAUGCCAGCCUGACAGCUGUCUCAGGAGAAGAGCCAGGCCAAGAUCGGGAAGGCACGGAGGCCACUAGGGCCACACCCCCUCCAGGAUCUGUGGAGGUUGCUACAGCCAAAGAGGUCACCCUCAUCCCUGCGGGCCUUAAAUCUUCGGGGUUGGCGGUGYCAUCCUCUGCAAGUGGACCUGAGGAGGCAACUAGGAAAGUCUGUGACAGACUCACCUUCCUGCACCUGGGGAGCAAGGACAAUACGCAGGUGAUGCUGCCACUUGGAGAGAUGCUCUUCUGUCUGACGUCCCGGUGUCCGGAGGAAUUUGAAUCUUAUGGCUGUUACUGUGGACGAGAAGGAAGAGGCGAGCCGAAGGAUGCCCUGGACAGGUGCUGUGUGUCCCACCACUGCUGCCUGGGGCGCGUGAGGCGGCUGGGCUGCGUGCUGGGGAGGCUUCCUCCGUCACCGGUGGUGUGCGAGGACCACACGGUCAAGUGUGUGGGGCAGAGCCUGUGCCAGAAGCUUCUAUGUGCCUGUGACCAGACGGCAGCUGAGUGCAUGGCCUCCGCCUCCUUCAACCAGAGCCUCAAGUCUCCAAGCGGACAGGAGUGCCAGGGCAGGCAGAUGUCCUGUGAGGACAGCACGCUCGGAGGGUGCUCCACCUCUUCUGUCAGCUCUAGCUCCGAGGAGAACAGCGAGGAGGCAGCACCUGGCACAGAGAGCCUCAAAAGAACCAGAAGAUUUCUGGGGAAGGUACUCGGUCCCUUGGGGACCAGGCCACGCCACAGCAGAUAG